UUUUUUUUAUUCUCUCACUCAACUCAUAUUCAAACAAAAAGACUCAUCCCUCCUCUUUUUGUUCUUCGUCUCCUCUUACGACUUCUUUCCUCCCUCCCCCAUCUCUUCCUCCUCUCCAUCACGAUCAUCGCGAUCACUUAUUACUACCAUCACCACAUCCUUUCUGGAUCCCCCAGUCCCAACUUGUACAGUUUUAUAUUUCCUUUUUAUUUUUUUUUAUUUUUUUUUUCUCUUUAUACAUAUUCAUACUGAGCAUACAGCAUAAUGGCCCCGCAUUCAACAAUACUCGCAUACUUUCUUUGCUUCACCGCCUUGUCCUGUCUUGCUCAUGCAGCAGUUCAUCUUCCAGUUAAUACUGGAGCAUAUACCAGUGCAUUCGUCGAUGGCCAAGCCAUGUACGUUGUCGACGAUGCAGUCUCGGACACCACUUCAAAAAUUACUUUCCCUCCUACUUUUAAACUCGACUUGUCUGUCUCUUGGACCACAGCUGAGCCUGCCAUCAAGAAGCUUUCUGAUGGACCUAGCUCUCCUUACAUGCCCAGCGCUUCCUCUGCAGAUGGUCGUAGCUGGAUUGUUCUGACUAGCAACGCCGGAUACCUCUACAACUCUGAAACAGAUGCCUGGUCAAAGGACUUUUCAAUUCACAAUCUUAACAAUGAUAUCGGGCUCACAGCUGUCACAGACCCUGAAUCUGAAAUUGUUUACGUCCCCAAUGGAUAUAAGAAUGCAUCCUCGGAUUCCACCAUGAUGUUGACCGUAGAUCCCAAAUCUGCCAAGGCCCAUCACAUUGAGAUGCACUCUAGCUUGAGCAAGAGUACCUUUUAUUCCGCUGCCUGGAGCAGCUCUCUUCGUAGUAUGGUCCUGAUUGACGGUCAAACCACUACCGAUACCCUGCAUACCUACAGUCCAGCAGAUGGCUGGAAGACUGUUAGCACCACUGGCACUGCUCCCUCUGCGCGUGGCCGAGCCUGCUUUGUCCCUAUCAAUGGCGGCUCAAAGAUGGUCCUGUUUGGCGGAUACUCGGUUACGGAAGACAAGGCCUUCAACGAUAUCUACAUUCUCGACACUGCUUCAAUGACCUGGUCCAAAGGCAGUGAUGCUGCACUGGACAACGCCCGCGGAGGUGCUGCCUGUGCUGCCUCCAACAACCAACUCAUUGUCAUCGGUGGCGCCUCUUUUGCUACCAUCGCUGAUGCUGCACUCAUCUAUGAUUUGUCGGCCGGUGCUUGGACAACCAAUUACGUUGCUUCGGGCUCUGCUCCUAAUGAGAGUAAGCGUACUCUAAUCAUCGUUGGCGGCGUUAUUGGCGCCUUGCUUGUUCUUGUAGCCAUUGCUGGUCUUUGGCUUUACCGUUCCCGUUCCAGACGAGUUGCACCCAGACGUGGUUGCAUUGAGAAGCCUGGUUACUACCCUCCAAGAAGCCCUACCCUGGUCAAUGCCUCUACUUGCGCGCUGGAUCCCAAGAAAGAGUUUUACGAUGACCUUGAUUUUACCUCUGCUUACGGUGCCGAGACUAUUGGAUAUUAUGCUCGUGGUAACAACUCUCAGGAGACCUUGCCUGUGUCCGAGGAUACUGAGGAAAAGGUUGUUGUCAAGCUGAGGGCUAGUCGCCUUGUGACCAAUGCCAGCCGAGACUCUUUCUUUGGAAAGAUCAAGAGACAUAGUGCUCAGCAAAUGCUUAAUAACAUCCAGACUUUCCAGGAACUGCAAGAGCAGUCGCAAGAUUCACAAGAUGAAGAACAUAUUGGUGCUCGCCCUCUUCGUCCUUCCAAAUCCAUCAAACGAAUGAGUUCUCAGAGCACUGCAAGCUCGCACAGUUCCCGCUCCCGCCGUAACUCUCGUGGUGCUUCUCCCACUGUCGUUUCUCCUCCUAAUCUGUUCCAGAACGGUAUUCUUGAAGAAGAAGAGGCUGAGGAGGGCGAACAGCAGAAGGCUAAGGAGGGUGGUCGUGGAAUGUACAGACUUCCUUCAGUGCGCUAUGGUUCAAAACUCUUCCAGCCUCCCCCCAAGACCCCUGAGGGUGACAUGCCUGGUUCAUACUUUUAAAUAUAAUAAUUUCACUUUGUCACAUUCCUCUUCAUCUUCCUACCAUAUCAAGGCUCCAUCACCU